AUGGGCCGUCGCAAGGCCUCAUCCGGAAAGCUACUUGCGGUGGUUGCUUGGCCCGAGGCGGGCCAAGCUAAAAGCAGUGCAACCUUGGGUGAGCUGCCAAAGGUCCCAAGGUACAAGGUACAUGCCGUCUGCGUGGGCUCUAGCGGCCCGGUCAGGCCCAAGGCCAAUUCACCCUCCCCGCCUCUUCCCCCCAACAACCAAACCGCGCACUCGCGCUCUCACCACAUGCCUGGCCUGGGCUUUCUCAAGAAGAAGAGGACGAGAGAGGGUAUCUCUGAUCCGUCAUCGUCAAACCCCACCAGCCCGGUCGCGCCUACAAACUCGAAGCCUUUUGACUCGUCCCGCCAGCCAGCCGGCGCUGCCGCGAUCACCGCCGCCGCCGCCUCCGCUUCCGCGUCUCAGGCAGGUCCGCCCAGCCACGGCGCCGCCCACGCCGCGAACCCGAACCCGCCCUCGACGACCGCAACUUCCCAGCAGCAGGCGCAAGCUGCUAGCGAGGCUCCCCAGCAACCGCAACCGCAAAACCAGUUCCUGAUGAAUCCCGCAUACGGAGGGGCAGGGACCCUCCAACACCAAAACCUCCCGACCAUCAGCAACCUAAUGAACACGCAGCAGCCCGACCCUGCUGCUGCCAACAACAACAACGGAUACCCCAAUUCUCACUAUCCCGCCAACCUCAUCCCUCAGAACCUCCAUGCCGCCAGCGAGAGCCCUGGCACCGACCCCGAGCGACUUCGACAACAGCAACAGCAGGCUCAUCCUAUCCCACCCGCCGCCGCCGCCGCCAUGCAGCCCCAGCAGCAGCAGCAUCACCAGGUGCCCCUCUACCAGCAGGCCCAGCAGAUGCAGCAGCAGCACCAAGGCCAUCACCACCAGCAGGUCUCCAUAUCCCAGCCUCGCACGACAAAGGGCAAAUACACAUUGACAGACUUUGAUAUCCUCAGAACCCUCGGUACCGGUAGUUUCGGUCGAGUGCAUCUAGUCCAGUCCAAGCAUAACCAACGUUUCUACGCCAUCAAGGUUUUGAAGAAGGCACAAGUCGUCAAGAUGAAGCAGGUCGAGCACACCAACGACGAGCGCCGCAUGCUCAGCGAUGUCAAGCAUCCUUUUCUCAUCACCCUCUGGGGUACUUUCCAGGACUGGAAGAACCUUUACAUGGUCAUGGACUUUGUUGAAGGCGGCGAGCUCUUUUCGCUGUUGAGAAAGUCCGGGCGUUUCCCCAACCCCGUUGCCAAGUUUUAUGCGGCCGAGGCCACGCUGGCUAUCGAGUACCUGCACUCCAAAAACAUCAUCUACAGAGACUUGAAGCCGGAAAACCUGUUACUCGAUCGUCAUGGGCAUCUCAAGAUUACCGACUUUGGUUUCGCCAAGCGUGUUCCGGACAAGACCUGGACACUGUGCGGCACUCCGGAUUAUCUGGCGCCAGAGGUUGUCUCCAACAAGGGUUACAACAAGUGGUCCCUUGGCAUUCUCAUCUACGAAAUGCUCUGUGGCUACACACCGUUCUGGGAUAGUGGCUCGCCAAUGAGAAUAUACGAGAACAUCCUCAAGGGCAAAGUCAAAUAUCCCGCAUACGUUAACGCCGACGCGCAAAACCUGCUGGAGCGACUGAUCACGGCAGAUUUGACAAAGAGACUUGGCAAUCUUUACGGUGGCCCCACCGACGUGAAGAACCACCCGUGGUUCUCUGAAGUCACCUGGGAUCGACUCGCUAGAAAGGAUAUCGAUGCGCCGUAUACACCACCCGUCAAGGCUGGUACGGGCGACGCGAGCCAGUUUGAUAGAUAUGCAGAGGAUCCGGAUGGCUAUGGCCAUGCUGGCGGAGCUGAUGAGUAUGUGACUGCUCAAAAAAAUAUGUCCAUGCAGCUGCUAACAACCAUGCUAGUUACGGGCACCUAUUUACCGAGUUUUAAGUCGACUGGUGAAAGUCGACGACUGCUGGGGACGUGGACCAGCUAUUCGAGACUGGAACGUGAGCUUAGUGCCUACCCGUCGACUGCAGGGCAGUCGGCACAACGCUUGCGUGUUGGACCAUGUUACAAGACAUGA